GAAAGGCGCGGCCGCGGCGACCCCCAGCCUGCCCCGGACGCCGACCGCCACGGCCGGCGGGAUCCGGGCCACCCUGACGCCCACCGUCCUGGCGCCCCGCCUGCCGCAGCCGCCGCAGAACCCAACCAACAUCCAGAACUUCCAGCUGCCCCCAGGAAUGGUCCUCGUGCGGAGCGAGAAUGGGCAGUUGUUAAUGAUCCCUCAGCAGGCCUUGGCCCAGAUGCAGGCCCAUGCCCAGGCUCAGCCUCAGAGCACCAUGGCACCCCGCCCUGCAACCCCCACAGGUGCUCCACCUGUCCAGAUCUCUACCGUACAGGCUCCCGGAACGCCUAUUAUUGCACGGCAGGUGACCCCGACUACCAUAAUUAAGCAAGUGUCUCAAGCCCAGACGACGGUACAGCCCACUACAACCCUACAGCGCUCUCCCGGGGUACAGCCUCAGCUUGUUCUGGGUGGUUCUGCCCAGACAGCCUCACUUGGGACGGCGACAGCUGUUCAGACAGGGACACCUCAGCGCACAGUCCCAGGGGCCACCACCACCUCCACAGCUGCCACGGAAACAAUGGAAAAUGUGAAGAAAUGUAAAAGUUUUCUAUCUACGUUAAUAAAACUGGCAUCCUCUGGUAAACAGUCUACAGAGACAGCAGCCAAUGUGAAGGAAUUAGUUCAAAAUUUACUGGAUGGAAAAAUCGAAGCAGAAGAUUUCACUAGCAGGUUAUACCGAGAACUUAAUUCUUCACCUCAACCUUACCUUGUGCCUUUCCUGAAGAGGAGCUUACCCGCCUUGAGACAGCUGACCCCCGACUCCGCGGCCUUCAUCCAGCAGAGCCAGCAGCAGCAGCCACCCGCCUCGCAGGCUACCACCGCGCUCACAGCUGUGGUGCUGAGCAGUUCGGUGCAGCGCACAGCUGGGAAGACAGCCGCCUCGGUGACCAGCGCCCUCCAGCCCCCUGUCAUCAGCCUCACGCAGCCCACACAGGUUGGCGUUGGCAAGCAGGCACCACCCGCACCACUGGUGAUCCAGCAGCCCCCGAAGCCUGGAGCCUUGAUCCGGCCCCCGCAGGUGACCUUGACGCAGACACCUAUGGUCGCUUUGCGGCAGCCUCACAACCGGAUCAUGCUCACCACACCGCAGCAGAUCCAGCUGAACCAGCUGCAGCCAGUCCCUGUGGUGAAACCUACCAUGUUACCUGGAACCAAAGCCCUUUCUACGGUAUCUGCACAAGCAGCCGCCGCACAGAGAAACAAGCUCAAGGAGCCAGGGGGAGGCUCCUUUCGGGAUGAUGACGACAUCAAUGAUGUUGCAUCCAUGGCCGGAGUGAACCUGUCUGAAGAAAGUGCAAGAAUAUUGGCCACAAACUCUGAGUUGGUGGGAACACUGACUCGAUCCUGUAAGGACGACACCUUCCUCCUCCCCGCACCUUUGCAGAGGAGGAUAUUGGAAAUAGGUAAAAAGCACGGCAUCACGGAACUGCAUCCAGACGUAGUGAGUUACGUGUCCCAUGCUACACAGCAAAGGCUACAGAACCUUGUAGAAAAAAUAUCUGAAACGGCUCAGCAAAAAAACUUCUCUUACAAGGAUGAUGACAGAUAUGAGCAAGCAAGUGAUGUCCGGGCUCAGCUCAAAUUCUUUGAACAGCUCGAUCAGAUUGAAAAGCAGAGGAAAGAUGAACAGGAGAGGGAAAUCCUGAUGCGGGCAGCAAAGUCUCGGUCCAGACAGGAAGACCCAGAACAGUUGAGGUUGAAGCAGAAAGCGAAAGAGAUGCAGCAGCAGGAGCUGGCACAGAUGCGACAGCGUGACGCCAACCUCACCGCGCUGGCGGCAAUUGGGCCCAGGAAAAAGAGGAAAGUGGACUGUGCUGGGCCGGGAUCUGGAGCCGAGGGCUCGGGCCCAGGUGCGGUGGUCCCAGGCAGCUCCGGCGUGGGAACCCCCAGACAGUUCACGCGACAAAGAAUCACGCGGGUCAACCUCAGGGACCUCAUAUUUUGUUUAGAAAAUGAGCGCGAGACAAGCCAUUCACUGUUGCUCUACAAAGCAUUCCUUAAGUGACAGGACGAGCUGGUGUUUCUCAGGAGACGCUUGCGGACGUUUUUAUAUAUUUGCAGAUUACGCCUGUUUGUAAUGAGCAAAUGGGAUAUUGUUUAAAAACAGCCACCUCUUUACAAUGGAGCAGUUUUAUACUCCUGUUUCUAAAUCAGCUCUUCAGUGCGGCAGAAACCCGUGUCUGUAGCAGACACGAAGGCCUGUGGAUGCUCUUACAGGACAGCUGCCCGAGCUCAUCCUCGACGGAGUGGCCUUCUUGCCAAACAAGCCAUAUUUAAGACUGAUGGAAGCACGUAGCAAAUAAUUAGCAGUCCCUGCAUCCUGUGUGCGUUUUGGUUCAGUGCACUCGGACUUAGGCGUAGGUGUGUGUCUACAGCCGAUGACCUCAUUUCACUUAUUUUAUUUUUGUAGCAGUCAGUUGGCUAAGCAAACUGAUUUUUUAGACUAUUUAUCUUCUUUCCUGUCCCCUGCCCUCCCUUCUCUGAAACUCCCCAAAACACAACCAUUGCAGCGCCGUCACUCUGAGCAGGCCGCCUUUCCGCUUAGCGGAGGCCGGGCUCAGCAUCUGUACAAAUGCAUUUUAUCUGCGGCAGUUUGUGAAGCUGUAAAGUGAAGGGAACGAGAACCUUUUCAGCAUAAAUCUAUUUUACUUGCACUGUGUUUUUUUAGCUCAAAGUAAAAACUUAGAUGAAAGAGAAUCAAAAUUGAGAAGAAUCAUCAGCAGACUUUCUCAGUGUGAAUCAAGUGUUUGAAAUGGUUGGUGUAUUUUGUCAGUAAUUGUACAUAGUUUCUGGCACAUAACAUAAAAUGGCUAUGUAAACUAUAAUUAUUUUGCUAAGAGACUGUAUGCAAGCUGUGGCCAACUUCACAGGCAUCCAGAGCAAAGCCCUGUCUUUGUACCUAUUUUUUUAUUACAAAUAUACUAAUUGGUUCUUUAUAUUUUCAGAGGUUAUUGUAUUACACUGUCUAUUGAUAGUACUUUUAUGACUGUAAAUACUUUGGCUUCUUCCGUGUGGAUUCCCACAUUAGACUUUAAUUCGCGCGUGUGAACUGAACGCUGAUCAGUAUUUUUACCAACACCUGAGAACUGUUACACCUUUUAUUUUAACUUUUAGGAGAUCCCCGUCUUUCCAUUUUUUCAUGUAAAUUUUGCACAGUUACUUGUUCAUAUGUAAAUAUUUUACUUUCGAAAAUGAAGUUUUUAAUUGCUAUUGUUUUAUAUAGGAUUGAAAGAAAAUUAACUCCUUUAUUAAAAACAAAUUUAUCUGUA